GGCCAUAUGUUCUGUAUAUGCUGACGAUAGCGUAGCGACUAGAAAUAUACAGGGCAGUGAGAAAGAAAAGGAAAAAGAAAUACAGAUAAUAGGGCCCGCUUGGUACGUGCGCCUUUAGACGUCUCCGUCACUCGACUGUCUAGACUUUGUAUUCUUGGAGGUCCUUUCAGCUGAUGUGCUGUGAGCCAGAGACAAUCAUGAUCCUCCUGACUCCUUCCUCUGGUCUCUUCCAGUGUGCCGACAAGCUUUUUCUGAGCGAUGACGCCACCGGACUCCAGAUCAAGGAGUUCGCACGUAAAAAUGCAGCUAAUGCUCUGUCAGUUGCCAACAUGGUCAUGGGCAUGGCCUCCAUUCUCAGCAGUCUAAAUGGGCACCAUCAUGCUGCAUGUUGGCUGGUUCUGAUUGGCUACCUGCUGGAUUUGGCAGACGGAGCAGUUGCCAGGCGACUUGAUGCCUGCUCUGCACUGGGUGCGAAGCUAGAUGACUUUGCCGACUUCACGACCUUCGGGAUUGCGACAUCUUUGCUACUAAGGACGUCCGACCUGCUUGACAACAUCCUUUGCGUGUGUUACGUCUUGUCUGUGUUCGUCCGCCUCUGUUUCUUCACAAGCGGGAUCCCAUUCAUGUACCGCGGCCUGCCCUGCAUCUACUCCUCAGGCAUCCUGGCCAGUGCCUCUCUGCUGUCAGGGGGAAACCUGGUCAUGCUGCGGGUCAUUGCAGUGGCCAUGAUCCUCUUUAUGAUCAGCCAGAACUUCUACCCUCACGACAGAGUGCUGGAGUCCCAGGCCUGGAAGAAAGUAGUCUACGCUGGAGGAGUGAUGAUGGUGUUCUGCUCUUCUUUCCCCCCUGCAUGUGUCUACUACCUGCUGUGGUCAGUCUCCUACAUUUUGUUCCCAACAUCCCUUUGGAGCAGUAAAGUGUAAAAAACGGUGCUGGCUUUGUCCAAAACUUCCAUGUAGUUUUACCUCUUGCCCAUCUGGCUAAACUGAGGCUUCCAGACUGCUGCAGCUUCCUAAAGCCAUGGAGGAUCCAAGCUGAACAUGCUCAUGCUUCACAGGCAAAAACUCGCUCUAUUUGACUUUUAUUUUGAUGUGACUUCUCUACAACAGAACCCAGAUUGAAGGAGUUAGAGUGAGGGAUUAGAAAGACUUGUUCAAAGGAUUUUCAUCAGGUUUAUUAUCCCAUGUAAUCUCUCUACUUUAGUAUUAAUCCAAUCAAUGUUGUGUACAUGCAGCAGCCGGGCACAUAAUUUUCUCACUGGACAAUAUGAAAAUUAUUAUUUUGAAUUAGGAAAUUACACGAAUAUCUAAUAUAUUUUUGCCUCUAUCUCUAAGUGUGCAAUCACAUAGGAUCAUAACUCUUAUUAUGAUGUCCAUAGUGUUGAGCAUAACUGUUCAAAUGCAACAGUAUGUUGGCUUUUAUCAAUGAAUAUACAUUGAUUUCUCAGCAUAUUAUUCAAAAUUUCAAGUCCUUUCCAGUUUAUCUAUUACAGUACCAGGCAUUAAUACAGCACCACCACCAGCCAUGUGUUAUUUGACUGUGUGUUAAUGUUUGUAUCAGGGUUGAGGUCACUUCACUUUCGUAUCAUUCAGGUCAGGAUGAUUUCCUUGAAAUCCACUUUUUUCCAUUGUAUAGUGGUCUCAAAUCCUUCUAAUAAGAAACUUUGGAACAUGAUGGUGCAGCUGUCCUUAUCAUUAGAUUUUGACUUCAUCUGAAAGUUGACUGACCCCAACUCUGGCCUCUGUGAAUUUGGGACUUUAGACUUUUUACCAAGUUGUGGUGGUCAAAGAAAUUAUGCGCUAGAUUUCCACAUUUCUACUAUGUGUCAUGUUAUUUGACCAUUGUAUGUGUUUGCCUCUGUUUUAAGAGGCAU